CAUUCUAACUCAUCGGUCGGUAUCACAGUCACAUCAUACUCUUAUCGGAUACAUCACAUCAAACAGAGAAAGCAAACAUGGUCAACUCAUCCGCACAAGCCGGCACACAGGCCAAGGUCGACGCACCGAAAGACCUGACAAAGGCGAUCGUCAGUACGAAAGAGGUGUUGAAGAGGUACACAAAGGAAGAGGUGGCCAAGCAUAACAAGGAGGGCGAUCUCUGGGUCAUCGUCGACUCGAUCGUCUACGACAUGUCCCAAUUCAGCGAGAUCCAUCCUGGAGGUCUCGCCGCCCUGCUCGACCCCGAAGUCGCAGGCAAAGACGCCACCGCAGCCUUCUUCGGUUUACACAGACAAGAAGUCCUCUACACCCCCCGGUAUGCGAAAUACAAGAUCGGGCAGGUCGAAGGGCAAGAACAGAAGGUUAUGAGGAAUGAGAGUGGGAGCAUCUCUACGGUCCCUUAUGCUGAACCGAUGUGGUUGAGCACGGGGUAUAAACAGUCGCCUUAUUUCAAGGAUUCUCAUUUCGCCGUACAGAAGGCUAUGAGGAAGUUUAUUGACGAACACGUCUACCCGGACGCUCAGGCGUGCGAAGAGUCCGGGAAGAGGAUGUCACAGAAGAUUCUGGAUAUGAUGGGAGAGAACGGGUUGCAUGCGAUGCGACAAGGCCCAGGGCCGCAUUUGAAGGGGAGGAAGUUGUUUGAUGGGGCGGUCAAGCCGGAGGAGUUUGAUUAUUUCCAUGAGAUGAUCAUCAACCAGGAAUUGAGUCGGUUGCAAGCGAGGGGGUAUGCUGAUGGGUUCCAAGCGGGGACGGUCAUCGGGCUCCCACCUAUCAUCAACUUUGCUCGACCAGAGGUCAAGAAGAAGAUCGUCGAGGACGCCUUUGCCGGCAAGGUGAGUGUCAGUCUGGCGGUCACUGAGCCUUAUGCGGGGAGUGACGUCCAGGGGAUCAAGACGACUGCCGUCAAGACCGAAGACGGGAAACACUACAUCAUCAACGGAGCCAAGAAAUGGAUCACCGGCGGGAUGCACGCCUCGUACUUUUCCGUAGCCACCCGGACUUCGGAAAAGGGCCUCACCGUCUUUCUCGUUCCAAGGCAAGAGGGGCUGGAGACGAGGCCUAUCAAGGUCGCUUAUAGCGGGGCGGCGGGGACGGCGUAUGUUACGUUCAAGAAUGUGAAAGUGCCUGCGGAGAAUAUGUUGGGGAAGGAGAAUGAUGGGUUGAAGGUCAUCCUCUCCAACUUCAACCACGAACGAUGGACUAUGUGUUGCGGGUCCGCCCGAUCUUCCCGAAUGGCCGUUGAAGAAUGUCUCAAAUGGGCUUGUCAACGACGAGUGUUUAGCGCUCCGUUGAUCUCUCAGCCUGUCAUCCGAAACAAACUGGCGCACAUGAUAGCCAAAGUCGAAGCCCUCCAAGCAUGGCUCGAAGCGGUCACCUACCAGAUGUGCAACAUGACCUACAACGAGACUUCGGAACACCUCGCCGGGCAGAUCUCGUUUUUGAAGAUGCAGUGUACGAUCGCCGCGGGGGAGAUCGCUAGUGAUGCCAUGAUGGUCUUUGGAGGGAGGGCUUUGACGAAGACGGGGAUGGGGAGGCAUAUUCAGCAUUUCCAUCAGACGCAGAAAUUCGAUGCGAUCCUCGGAGGGACGGAAGACAUUUUGGGAGACUUGGGCGUGCGGCAAGCCGUUCGAAAGAUGCCGGACAACGUCCGACUGUAGGUCACAUCAGACGUUUUGUACAUCUGUGUGUGAAUCAAAGGUUGUUUUUCUGUUUCUUCCUGCUAGUUGCCGUUACCCGCUGUCGCGAUUGCUGUUAUCGCUAUCAGAUCAUUUCUUUGCUACCGUGAUGGUCAUCUCUUGUACUUUACAAAUGCUAUGCUCACAAUCUUCCUUGCUGCACUGUGACGACUAACGGGUAUGAGCACCGCUCUUGCUUGGCUGAUCAUACGGCACAGCUGUGACUGGGUCAUGGAUCGAAUUCAGGUUUACUCGUCGCUGCGGG